AUGUCAUCCAAGACCUCAAGCGUUACUGAGCGGGUAUCCUCUGAGGAGAGCUCGCUCGAUAUCAAGUCUCUGGAUGAUGAUAUGAAGACUCCAAUCUCUAGAGAGCAACCUCAUGAGGAGGAUUCUUCUCGCCUUUAUCAGCAAAUACGACUGGCCCCAUCAUUCUACGGCGAUCUUGCCGACAUUGCUGGUAGACGGCCCGCAUAUUUGAUAUCAUUCGUCAUCUAUAUAGCUGCAAACAUUGGCUUGGCCAGUCAAUCCUCUUAUCCAUGGUUAUUUGUUCUUAGAUGUCUCCAGAGCUCAGGAUCAGGGGGCACAUAUGCGUUGAACAGUGGAGUUAUUGCCGACAUCUCAACCACGGCCGAACGCGGUAGAUACAUGAGUGCAGCACAAAGCGGGAUCAUGCUUGGCCCGGCAAUUGGACCUAUAUUGGGAGGUGUUCUUGCCCAGCAUCUUGGCUGGAGGUCUAUAUUUUGGUUUCUGACCAUCUGUGGCAGCAUAUAUAUCGUUGUCUUUGCGAUCACGGUUCCGGAAACCGCCAGAAAGGUGGUUGGAAAUGGCUCCAUUCCCCCGACAGCAUGGUGGAAUCGUUCCUUGCUGAGCGAAGUUGCUCGUUAUAAAGCUGGUAGCAGGCAGGGAGAGGAAGGCAUUUCUCCACCACCGAAGCCUCGCGUGUUGAGAUUUCCGAAUCCUUUGAAGACAUUGUUGAUCAUCAAAGAGAAAGACUGUGCGAUGAUGCUGUUCUAUAACGCCAUCAUCUACUCGUCGUGGUAUACAGUAACCGCCAAUUUGUCAAAUCUACUCUCGGAGAAUUACCACCUAGACACGCUACACUUGGGAUUAUGUUACAUACCUUUUGGCAUUGGGGCUGCAAUGUCCAUCGUGGCCAAUGGAUAUAUCCAGGACUGGAAUUAUGCACGUGUUGCACGUCGUUACGGUUUCUCAAUCGACAAAAAGCGAGGCGAUGAUUUGACCCAGUUUCCCAUUGAGAAAGCAAGACUUAGCAUUGUUUGGCCAUUUGUUUAUGUGGGUGCUGUGGCCAUCAUUUGUUUUGGCUGGGCUGCCACGCUGAAGGCGCAUCUCGCGGUCCUUUUGGUCCUCACGUUCGCCAUGGCACUAUUCCUUACCGCUUGCUAUAAUAGCAUGAAUCUCUUGUUGGUUGAUCUCUAUCCAAAUUCGCCUUCGACUGCCUCUGCUGCGAAUAAUUUGACUAGGUGUCUAUUGGCGGCGGGAGGAUCUGCCAUUAUUGACCCUAUGAUCCGCAAAAUGGGCACUGGUUGGGCAUAUACUCUCGUUGGAAUUCUCAUUAUUGCACUGAGUCCUUCUCUUCUUGUUGUUACCCGCUAUGGUCCAGUCUGGAGAGAGGAACGGAGACUGCGGUUGGAACAGAAGGAAGCGGCACGCAAGCAAUCGGCAGAGCAGCAAGUGUGA